AUGCCCUUCCCCGUCUACUGGGUUGGAAAGGGCCGAGCGACAAUUUCUGGCUUCAUUGAAGCGGGACGACAAAAAAGAGGAAAGAAGGGAAAUGAGGAACAGAGAGAAGGCACGCUCGGCACGGUCGACACAACAGCUGACGCACCAGGCAGGAGCGAUCGCCAAAAAAGAGGAAAGUGUAAGAAGGUGCGACAGACACGUCCAGUCCAGAAUCACACUGGAGAGGGGGUUGAAAGUGUACACAAACGGUAUCUGUCUCGAGACGACAGUCCAAUGGAGAGGUGGACAGAAGAGCAAUUGGCGGCAGCCAUUCACAGUUGA